AUGCAUUUCUCCUCUUGGCAGGAGAGGGCUGGGGUCCAGGCUAAGACUCUGCCGCAGCCAGAAGCCCCGCGGGGCGGCCCUCACCGUCGGAUCCGGCUACUCCCUCGCCCCUGGCCGGGAGCUGGGCCAGGCCUCGGGGUCCGGGGGAGGCUAACGGUGUGCGCAGGGCGGACGUCCCCUCGGCCCGCACCCACACGGGCACCCACGCCGGAGACAGCAUCCACGGAGGCCCCCACCGCAAGCGCCGUCACAGCCCGGACUGCUGCAGACUCGCCGCCCGCCGGCGUCCUUGCAAACCUUUCCCGGGGCAGCCCGGGGGGGCCCAGCGCCCCGAGGGCAGGGCCCGGGCUGGGGUCCCGCCCCACCUCCCCUCCCCUCCCCCUGGGCCCCGGGGGCGCGGCCUGGGCUGGGGUCCGCCGGGGCCCGCCGGGGUCCGCGCUGCCCGCCCACAUCCCCGACCGCUCGGCCGCGACCCGGGCUCCGGCCCCCCCAGCCCCCUCCAGCCCCCUCCGCGGCCGGGCCCGGGGACCGAGGCGCGCGGCGGCGCAGGCGGCAGGGGACGGGGUGGACGGGGUGGGCCUCCCGCCCGGCGGCCGCCUCGGACCUGCAGCUGGGCCUCCCGCGGCGAAGUUCCCCGAGAGCCGGCUGGGCGCGCGACCCGGGUCCUGGCCGGCCGCGCCCUCCGCGCCCGCGCCCCGCUCGGUGGAUGUGGUUCUCCGCCCCCCGCGCCUGGGUGCGAUGGGGGACCCUCCCAAGAGGAAGCCCGGGACCGCCCUGUGCGUGGGCUGCGGGAGCCGGAUCCACGACCAGUUCCUCCUGCGGGUGUCGCCGGACCUGGAGUGGCACGCCGCCUGCCUCAAGUGCGCCGAGUGCAGCCAGUACCUGGACGAGACCUGCACGUGCUUCGUGAGGGACGGGAAGACCUACUGCAAGCGGGACUACGCCAGGCUGUUCGGCAUCAAGUGCGCCAAGUGCCAGGUGGGCUUCAGCAGCAGCGACCUGGUGAUGCGCGCGCGGGACCGCGUGUACCACGUCGAGUGCUUCCGCUGCUCCGUGUGCAGCCGCCAGCUGCUGCCCGGCGACGAGUUCUCGCUGCGGGAGCACGAGCUGCUGUGCCGCGCGGACCACGGCCUCCUGCUGGAGCGCGCGGCGGCCGGCAGCCCGCACAGCCCCGGCCCGCUCCCCGGCGCCCGCGGCCUGCACCUGCCAGAGCCCGCGGCCGCCCGGCAGCCCUCGCUGCGCCCGCACGUGCACAAGCCGGCGGAGAAGACGACCCGCGUGCGGACGGUGCUCAACGAGAAGCAGCUGCACACCCUGCGGACCUGCUACGCCGCCAACCCGCGGCCCGACGCGCUCAUGAAGGAGCAGCUGGUGGAGAUGACGGGCCUGAGCCCGCGGGUCAUCCGCGUCUGGUUCCAGAACAAGCGGUGCAAGGACAAGAAGAAGUCCAUCCUCAUGAAGCAGCUGCAGCAGCAGCAGCACAACGACAAGACGAGCCUCCAGGGAUUGACGGGGACGCCCCUGGUGGCGGGCAGCCCCAUCCGCCACGAGAGCGCCGUGCAGGGCAGCGCCGUGGAGGUGCAGACCUACCAGCCCCCGUGGAAAGCCCUCAGCGAGUUCGCCCUGCAGAGCGACCUGGACCAACCCGCCUUCCAGCAGCUGGUCUCCUUCUCCGAGUCUGGCUCGCUGGGCAACUCCUCGGGCAGCGACGUGACCUCCCUGUCCUCGCAGCUGCCCGACACCCCCAACAGCAUGGUGCCGAGUCCCGUGGAGACGUGAGGGGCCCAUCGUCGCCAGCCCGCGGACCUCGCAUGCUCCCCGCAUGAGACGCACCCACGCUCAGGCCAUUCCUGCUCUGAAAACUCUCGCCUUCGUAAUUAUCAUUAUUGUUAUUUAAAGAGAGACGCCGCAGCGGCCGGGAGGCCCGGAGCUGCAGGGUGCAGCCUGCUCUCACCAGGCCGGAGGGCCCUGCUCUAAGAACGGCUAUUUUUUUCAAAACCAGAAUUUGGGAUUUACUAGGGUCAGCUGUGCGCCCGCCCUGGCCCCGCCGCCGCCGCCCCGUCCGUCCGGGUGGGGCCACCUGCUCCGGUUCCUGCGGCUCCCGGGGCCCGAGGGGACAGAGCCGGGUCCCGAGCGCGGGGCUGCCGGAGCAAAGCGGAAACGGGACUCUCCUUGGAAACGUUCUAAGUUAUCAGUCGACGGAGGACAGCGUGUGAGCCUUUGCCGAACAAAACGUAAGUUAUUGUUAUUUAUUGUGAGAACAGCCAGUUCAUGGUGGGAUGAAUAUUUUGAUCUUAAUAAAAAAAUUAAUAACC